UUUGUUGAUUGUUAUGUUAUUAGUGUUGUUUAGCUGGGUACAGAUGUAGGGAACUGUAUUGGUUGUUUUAUGCAGAGGCUUGUUAUAUGGUACUGAUCAGUGAGCAUUGGCACACUGGGAGCUGCAGACUGCUGUCAGCCAGUCAGAGAUUACUGAACAACGCAGCACACGUUGUAGUCUAGUAAUAUUGUUGAACGCUGAGCUUCCCUAUCACAUCUCCAGUGAGCAAAGAGGGCCAUAGGGCUUCCUAUGUUGACCUAAUACCACCCUUCACUGGUGGAAAUAUCCCAGGGGACCAGGACAUCUCAUUUAUUUUGCUGGAGCAGCUCUGACUUGGAGAAGGGAGCGGGCCGUGGUUCAGCUUCUGAGCAAUGCAGAUGGGGCUGGUGGGAAGGACAGCUGUUACAAUAUGAUGCAGUGUGUGGCUGCUGGGCACCAGAUUGUUGCACUAGCGAAUUUACGGCCUGCUGAAAACACAGUUAUGGCAGCGAAGACAGAUGAGCUGGACAGCUACAUGUUUCAGACAGUAGGACACCAUGCCAUUGACCUGUAUGCUGAUGCAAUGGAUUUGCCGCUUUAUCGUCACACUAUAAAAGGAUCCAGUGUGGAUAUUGGAAGAGUAUAUACCAGGUGUGAAGCAGAUGAGGUUGAAGACCUUUAUCACCUUUUGAAACUUGUUAAGGAACAGGAAGGAGUGAAAGGCGUCUCUGUGGGAGCCAUUCUUUCAGACUAUCAACGCGUUCGUGUAGAAGAUGUUUGUAAGAGACUCAAUCUGCAGCCUUUAGCUUAUCUUUGGCGUCGAAACCAGGAAGCUUUGCUCAGAGAAAUGAUAUCUUUGGAUAUUCAAGCCGUGAUCAUAAAAGUGGCAGCUUUUGGUUUAGAUCCAGAUACACAUCUAGGAAAAACACUGGAUCAAAUGGAGCCUUAUCUUUUAGAGCUUUCUAAGAAGUAUGGAGUCCACAUGUGUGGAGAAGGUGGCGAAUAUGAAACAUUCACUCUGGACUGCCCUCUAUUUAAGAAGAAAAUAGUUGUGGACUCAUCUGAUGUAAUUAUACAUUCGGCUGAUGCGUUUGCACCCGUGGCCUAUCUUCGUUUUCUAAAAUUACACUUAGAGAAUAAGGUGGAAUCUUCAGACAAGUUUAUGGACAGUAGCUGUUCUUGUGAAGUAACCUGUAAUGAGGAUAUGUUACCUGCAGCUGAGGAAGAUGGACCGAAGGACAUUCCUCCUAUCAUCUGGAAAUCAUUGAAACAUAAUUCUCUUCAGUAUAGUAAGACAUUAGGAUGUUCAGGAAAAUCCCUAAGUGGUUACCAGUGGGUUUCAGGAAUCUCUGCCUGCUUUCUUCCAGUAGAAGGCAAAAGUAUUCAAGAUGCAGCUCUGGAAGUCUUUUCUUCUCUCCAAGCUAAUAUGAAUUCCAUGGGAUUUGAACUGAAAGAUAUUAUUUUGGUCCAUUUGUAUAUGAAGAGCAUGAAAGAUUUUGCUGUAAUAAAUUCAGCCUAUGUGACAGAGUUUGAUUUGUGUCCACCGGCAAGAGUGUGUGUAGAGGUCCCGUUGCCCGAUGGAAUACUGUUUUGGAUUGACUGCCUUGCACAUAGCCGUGACUUUACGACUGAUGACACAUCCUGUUAUGAAAAGCAGGUCAUGCAUGUACAGAGCAUUUCUCACUGGGCACCUGCUAACAUAGGACCUUACAGUCAGUCAGUCAAGAUUGGAGAUGUUCUCUACUGUGCUGGACAGAUUGCACUAGUACCUUGUACUAUGCAGCUUGUAAAUGGUGGCAUACAGACUGAGGCCACAGUCUCCCUACGUCAUGUUGAGAAAGUCCUUAAAGCUAUGAGUCACAAUACUGAACUCCAGCACGUCCUUAUGGCAAACUGUUAUGUAACUGACAACAAAUACAUUCCUGUUGCUUGUGCUAUAUGGGAAAAGAAAUUAAAAGAAGACAAAAAGGCAGAAGACUCGAUAAUGUGCAGUGAUCUACCUGCAGUGUGUGGAACACUAGCUGUGGUUGUGGUACCGCACCUACCCAGAGAGGCACUCAUUGAGUGGCAUGUCAUUGCGGUAGUGGAUGAUCCAUUACAAAGAAAAACUUUUUCACUGAAGAUGUUUUCAGAGGGCUGCCAAAUUGAAUGUGAGGUUGUGGAGUCCAGUUCUGCCACUAGCGCAUCAAUCUCAGUAUGCCUAAGCCUGAUUUCACCAUCUGUUUCUUCAGUUGAUUUAGAUACAGCUCUCCAAGAUAUGGUUGCUGUUUUUAGGCAAGCUGUUGAGAAACUUUCUGAAGACUGCACUGCAAUACCUUUGUGUUUUAGAACUUUCUACAAGAAGGAUAGCUUCAGUACUGAAAUACUACAAGCAGGUAAGACUGUUGCUGGAAUAAGCCAUUAAUAGUAAUAAAGUGGGGUUUAACUGGGGAA